GUGCCCCUAAUUUUUAUAUAUCUUAAUGUCAUUUCCACUAGAAUAUAAAGGUAACUAAAAAUUAGAGUCUACGAACGUUAACAUUUCCGUGAAAGCAGCAGCUACACAACGGUUUUUAGGUGAAUAGUGGAGGUUACCUGCUCACAGCAGUCAGCGUAUGUUCACGAACCCGACAGCCCAAAGUAGCCAAGACUGUGUUUUAGUAGAAGCUACAGACCUUUACUGUUCCUUUUUAGAGAUGAAAGUAUUACAGAUAAAAUCGAAAUCCCCUGCGUUGUACCCCCGUCCCACGCUUACCGCCUGGCCUGCUAGAUCCAUCCCACUUCGUGACUGUCGCGAGCACCGGGCGCGGUGAGGCCUCCUCCGCUCAUCCGAGUGAGGACGGCCGACGCGCUCCCUGAGUCUGCGCAGGCGCUCUCGCGAGGGCUCUGCACCUGCCGACUCGCUUAGUCUUCGUAAUAACCAGGAGGUAAGUGGGAUCACUACUUCCACUUUGCCCAUGAGGAAUUUGAGGUGCAGAGAGGUUAAGCAGCUGCCCCAAGGUCACACAGCGAGUGGUGUGGAGCCGGUUCCCCAGCCAGCACCGCUGACUCCAGGUGGGGGCCGUGCCCGUGGACUCACUCCCAGGAAGCGGCCGCUGGGCCUCAGGAACAUUAAGUCGGGUUGUUCUGGGCCGGUCCUUUUUGUGAUUUCAACAGUGCUACCAUCUGUUGCCCUUUGCGGCAUGACGUCUUCAUGAAGCGUGUUUGGUGUUUAUUCUCUUUGACAGGUGCAGGCCUGGUCUGUUUGUUUUAAGGCCCUGCGGUGCCUUUGGUAUGCUCGUGACACGGCUGUCUACGUUUCCUUUUAUUUCUAGUUCACAUCUCCCACCAUGCAUAGGUGCAAAAUGUAUUUUGUGAUGAGAAUUUUAGUAACUUUUUUUUUUAACCGUUGAAAGGUCGCAUUCCCGUGCGGCUGACCUACAGUGCUGUGUUGGUGCCAGGCGUGCAGUGCGCUGGUCCCUUACCCAGUGCUCAUCUUCGAGCCUCCGUGCCAUCUUCCAGAACCGCUGAACCAGUUUGCAUUCCUGCCUACAGUGCACGAGGCUCCUUUUUCUCUGCACCCUUGACAACACCUGUUGGUUCUUGUGUUGCUGACUGGUGGGAGGCGGCACCUUAUCCUGCUUGUGAGCUGCUUUCCCUGAUGAUGAGUGACGUGGAGCGUCUUCCCGUGUCUGUGGCAAUUGAGUCUGCGGAACAGCAUCACCAAGACUUCCAGAUGAACAACCGGAAGGAAGACAUGGAAAUCGCGUCCCACUACCGGCACCUGCUCCGCGAGCUCAACGAGCAGAGGCAGCAUGGCGUCCUGUGUGACGUGUGUGUCGUGGUGGAGGGCAAGGUCUUCAAGGCCCACAAGAACGUCCUGCUCGGCAGUAGCCGCUACUUCAAGACGCUUUACUGCCAGGUGCAGAAGACGUCGGACCAGGCUACGGUCACGCACUUGGACAUCGUCACGGCCCAGGGCUUCAAGGCCAUCAUCGACUUCAUGUACUCAGCCCACCUGGCCCUCACCAGCAGGAAUGUCAUCGAGGUGAUGUCCGCGGCCAGCUUCCUGCAGAUGACGGACAUCGUGCAGGCCUGUCACGACUUCAUCAAGGCCGCGCUGGACAUCAGCAUCAAGCCAGAUGCCUCAGAUGAGCUUGCGGAGUUCGAGAUCAGCGCCCCCCCUGGUAGCGGCACGGACGCGCUGAUCUCGGCCGUGAUGGCUGGAAGGAGCAUCUCGCCGUGGCUGGCCCGGCGCACGAGCCCCGCCAAUUCCUCCGGAGACUCGGCCAUCGCCAGCUGCCACGAGGGGGGCAGCAGCUACGGGAAGGAGGACCAGGAGCCCAAGGCCGACGGUCCUGAUGACAUUGCCUCGCAUUCGCUGUGGCCGGGCGACGUGGGCUACGGGCCUCUGCAUGUCAAGGAAGAGCAGGUUUCGCCAUCUCACUACGGAGGGAGCGAGCUUGCCUCUGCCAGGGAUGGCACGACGCAGAACCCUUUCUCCGAGCGGGCAGGAGGCGACGGCUGGCAGCCCGCAGGUCGGAGGAAGAAUCGGAAAAACAAGGAGACGGUCCGGCACAUCACGCAGCAAGUGGAGGACGAUAGCCGGGCCGGCUCCCCCGUGGCCUCCUUCCUUCCGGCACCCGGGUGGCCGUUCAGCAGCAGAGACUCAAAUGCGGACUUGACGGUCACGGAAGCCAGCGGCACGGACAGCCGCGGGGAGAGGGCUGAGCUCUUCAGCCACAUGGACGAGGGUCUCCUGGGAGGAGAAGCCAGCUACCUGGGCCCGCCCCUGACCCCGGAGAAAGAGGAAGCCCUGCACCAGGCCACCGCGGUGGCCAACCUGCGGGCAGCACUCAUGAGCAAGAACAGCCUGCUGUCCCUCAAGGCCGACGUGCUUGGGGACGACAGCUCCCUGCUGCUGGACUACCUGCCCAAAGGCACCCACUCCCUGUCCCUGAACGAGUUCACGGUGAUCAGAAAGAAGUUCAAGUGUCCCUACUGCAGCUUCUCGGCCAUGCACCAGUGCAUCCUCAAGCGCCACAUGCGCUCCCACACCGGGGAGCGGCCCUACCCCUGCGAGAUCUGCGGCAAGAAGUUCACGCGGCGCGAGCACAUGAAGCGGCACACGCUGGUCCACAGCAAGGACAAGAAGUACGUGUGCAAGUUGUGCAGCCGUGUGUUCAUGUCGGCCGCCAGCGUGGGCAUCAAGCAUGGCUCACGGCGUCACGGCGUGUGUGCUGACUGCGCGGGCCGAGGUGUGGCCGGGCCCCUGGACGGCGGCGGCACUGAGGGCUCCCCUGAGCUGUUCCCUGGCGAUGGGCCCUACCUGGAGGACCCGGACGACCCACGGGGGGAGGGCGAGGAGGAGCUGUGUGAGGACGAGGACGAGGUGGGCCUGGCCCACGAGGAUGCGCUGCUGGUGGCCGAGAAGGAGGACGAGGACUCACCGCCGGGACCCGGCAGCCCCCCGGGCGCGCCCGACAAGGACUUUUCCUGGAUCUCCUAGGCCGCGGGGUGAGGGCCCUGCCACCCCUCCUGGGGGUGGGGCCGUGGCCAUGCCACCCCUCCACCAUGCGUGUGUGUGUGCACACGUGUGUGCGUGCGUGUGUGUGUGUGCGUGUGCACGUGUGUUUCCCUAGGGAUCUGCUCUCACCUGGGGCCAGACCACGCUGACCCCCCUUUGUUCUGCUCCUGCCCCCAGACACACACGGAAGCCCGCGGGCUCUGAGGCAGGCAUGACCCCAGUGAGUCGGGGCUCCAGGACCGAACAGGACGUUGGGGGGCACAGGGUGGGUUUGAGCAGAGGGAGAGCACACGUUCCCUCGUGUCUGCGGGGACGAAGGGAGGGUCCCCGGCAGGUACGUGUGGCCAGGGCAUCAAGGGAGCCCAUGUGGCCAGCCAGGCCUCAGGACGCACGAUGGCCAGAUGACCAGGUCAUGGUCGGGGCAGGUCGGGGUCCUGAGCGUCGUCCCCGAGGCCACAGGUCCAAGGGACGUUAAGGAAGGUGUUGCAUACAUCCGAUGUCCAGAGCUGGAGUCCCCACCCCCCACCCCCUGCUCUGCUCGCCCUUUCUCAGCAGCCUGGUCACUGCCUACGGCCACCGCCACAGCUUCUGCCGCAGUUGUGGCCAUUCCUCGCGGAACCCAGGCCCAGUGUCCAGGAAGCCCUGGGGCCCUCCCGCCUCUGGGCUUUGGUGCUUCCCGUCGAUCAGCUGCAGCAGCCCCGGCCAGGCCGAGGCCUCCCAGGUGCUAUCUUCCCGUGGAGGUGGCCGGGUGGGGACCGACGUGCCACGCUCCUCUGGCGCAGGGCUCAGAGCUCCCCGCUGCCGGCCACUCAGGUCCCUUCGGGGCGCCCGGGCUCUCCGCUCCGCACUUCCUUGGGGAGCCCGGGGCGGCCUCGGCCCCUCGGCCCCGCCGUCUUGGCCAGGCCACUCCCGCUCACACCCCCGGGUGCCCUUGCCUUGUUGCUGCUAACAGUGGGGGUGGGGACCUGACUGCCACGUGCUGCUCACACCUCCCCGCGUGGGUAACCAAACUUUUUAAGUCGUCGGAGACGUAUUUGAGGUAGUUGCAUACAAUUAUGUCGUUGGCAUUAUUUUUCUGACGUGACGAAGCCUGGCGUUGUCUUACCUUCCGCUUGUCGGUCCAUCCGUUGUCUCUGGAGAUGAGCUCACCGCCUCUUCAUCACUCCGGUGUUUUCUGAGUGAAAAGCAAGGGCCCCGCUGGGAGGACCGUCCCCUGGGCCGCAGGACCCACCCUGGUCUGUCCCCUUCCCGCCCGUCCACCGGGAACCUCACUUCUCUACUCAGACAUUCCGUCCCGCGCCCGCCUGGCGGAGGCCCCUGCUGAAGACCGUGUUCUUGUUCUCUUUGUCCACGGCUGUCAGCUGCUAUGCGGCUGGCCGCCAAGUCACAUCUAUUCUUUUUAGGUGUAAACAGGAGAAUCCCACGAGUCCCUAACUUGGGUUCCGGUGGUGGCCUGGAGUGCUCGCCCGGGGUGGCUGCUGGGGAGCCAGGCACCCCCAGAUAGAGGGCGCGGACGGGGCCGCCUGCACUCCUAUCCUCCGUGGGGACGUGGGGACGAAGCCCGCCCUUCCUGACAUGGAAGUGGCGAGGCCAGUGCAGGGCUCUGGGACACACUUCCCUUGCUGCCUUUCACCAGUGAGGCCCUGGGGUGCACCCCUCACGGGGCCCUCAGAACUGUGUACCUCCCCGACUUUCUGACCCCUUUUCUAAACAGACCUCCUUUCUUACAAAUGUAUUUGGAAACCAGACCUUUGCUACCAACAGUGUCUCUGGGUUUUGUACUGGUUCCACUGCUCAGGCCCUCCCGCCCACACCCUGGGCCACCUCUGCCUCGCACUCAGGACAUCUCGCUCUCUCUGACCCGCCGCUCCCUGCUCCGGACCACCCUUGCUGACGUUUUCGGGGGGUCGCUGUCAGUGCCACAGGGGCAUUUUCUUCCUUAAAACCAACACUGUACUGGAAGACUGAGGGCCCCACCCCUGCCCACCUAGUCUGCCGGGCGUGCGCCGGGCGGCUGGCCGGUUUGUGGAGGUGAACGCGCCCCGCUCAGGAGGCGUGGAGGGAAAAGACGUGUGAUGAAGGGUUUUUUUACGUGACUGUUUUUUUUUUUUUAAAUCAAUGUUUAAACCUAAUAAAUAUUUUUUUAUGAAGAGGAAAAAAAUGUGUAGAUUACAUUUCACGUUUUGUACUUUUUUGUUCGUGUCUGUCUGUAUUUUGGUGUUUGCAACACCAAAGUGGAAAAUGCAGUGCGUUGAGUGGUGAGUUCUUUGUGGUGGGGGGGACAGGGAACCCAUAGGACUUUUGUAUCAAGCUCUGGAUCCUGACCGGGUUGUAUGUUUGGACUCUGGGUUUUGGGAAACAGUCGUAACACUGCCAGGACUGAAUAGGGACCUCGACUCGAGACACAGCUACUCCUUCCGACUUUGCACAUCUUCCUUUUUAGAAAAGAAACUCUGAGAAAAUGCAAAAACUGGAACUUUUUGCAAUAUGAUGAAAGAUGAUCUUAUUUUCGCUCAUUCUGUGACGUGUGCGAUGCUUAAGAAAGCCAUACUUACUGGUUGGUUUUAUUUUCUGGGUUCUAUACUGUGUUUUGUGUGUGUCCCUUCCAGAACUCCUUGUAGUGAGGGCGCUGUGUGUGCGCUUUUCCUAAAUAUUUAUUUUUCCAACAUGCUCUCAACCUGUCAACAAAAGCAAAACAGACAGACAAGGGCAGUGUUUGAAAAUUGUUGUUCUUCCCCCCUUGGGGACAAUCUAUAUUAUACCCACUUUAUAGUGAUUACCCUACGCCUGUGUUUGUACUGGAGAUGUGUUUACUGUUUGGGAGAAGAGACGUCUGUGAUCGGUCGGCAGAAAAUCGCAGCCGCUGCAGUCCGCAGCCGCAGGGCAGGGCACAGCCCCUUCCCGUCUGCAGUGGCCGCUCUGGGCCUGCCCAGGGCCCUCCUUCCUGUGACGGGUUAGUUUCGACCUUCUUGCAAAGCUUCCACUUCCAAUAAACUGGGAAACUGCGGCUCGA